CCGCGGCGUAAGUUGGCUAUGCCAUCUCGCCUAGGACCCGUUUCUUUUCGUAUCAGGACCUAAAAUCUGAAGGUACAGUAAAUGUGACUGUUCUUGUUUGGCGCAGCGAAUGCAAUAAUGCUUGCUGGGAAGAAGGUGCGACUCCGAGAGGCCAUGCGUGUGACCCUUUUGGCCCAAGUCUGGUCAAGGGCACGCACCGCACCGAGUCCGAACCGCAAUUUACAGCGAUAGUCGUCUCGUGCGCAGCCGCCAACAAUCAUCAGAUGCUCGCCCGGUGGACCAUCCUGGCCCUGGUCGCCGCCCGCACCACCGCCACCGGCACUGCCGAACAGCCCGAGGAGCCAGCCUGUGCGGUGCACGAGGAGGACGAGGCCGAUGGCCUCGCGGCGCUGCAGACGACGGAGUCCAAGCGCAAGGCGACGUCCGAGAGCCACGGCAGCAGCAACACCACAGCCCCGGGCGUGAGCUCUGGGCCCACAUGCUACGGAUACACGGGCGGCUCGUGCAGCGUCCAGGCGUGCACCGCUGCCCGCAAUGCGAAAUGCAGCGGUGGUUAUUGCACUUGUGACGCUGGCUGCUCAAGCGCCAACGGAACGUGCUACAUGGAGAAGAACAAGGUUAUUGCUCAGAGUUUCACCUUGUCCAACGCGAAAUGGCCGAAUUACUACAUGUACAUGAAGACCGUGUCCACAUUCGACCAGAUGAGGGUCAGCGACUCUUGGUUUGGCGUCGGCGGGGACAAGUUCUCCUUGUACCAACUCCCGGGAGCGUACGAAGGGCAGCCGACGUUUUUCCUUGGAUCCAGCAAAUGGGAGAGCUCUGUAGUGGCAAUUGCGGGGACGACUGGGACCGCAGUCCACCCCUAUGCUGCUUACGCCAAAAGUCUAGAGAAGAAGACUGGGGUGGAUAAAUUGGCCGUCGCUGUGUGUGCGCGAGCCAACGGUACCAUCAUGAUCGGUGGGUUGGGAAACAGUUCCAUCACCAAGAAACCUGUCUGGGCAUACAUUCAGCAUGGUACUUGGCUCGUCUAUGGGUACAGUACGGGCGACCCGGGUCAGGGUGGUUACUGGAUUCCUAAGCCGGCGUUUCCCGCCAAUUCGGUGCCAGCUUGUAGUGUUUGAUCGUGGCGUGUGCACAUUUGAAAUUCGAAGCCUGCCCGGGAGCAGCGUGGAGGAGCUUUUUCUAUUAUUGCAGGUCUCCUGGCACAGGCGAGCGUCUGAGGUCCGACGUUGACGUUUUCGGCGCAAGCGUUGCAAUAUCGAGAGAGCGAAGGCAGUUAUCUGGCGAGCGCUUCGAGGGUCCAUCCCCAGCGUUCACCUUGCAACUGCACCGUUCCAAAUUAUUCUGAUGGGGGCUCCCAGGUGAUUCCGAGCCCCACCCCCGCGGUGGCGCAGCUUUGCACCAUCGUGGCUCGCGCCUGACGCGGCUGGCCAGCGGGCAGACGGGCCGGAGGACACGUCUCCAUCGGCCUCGCUUGCCCGCCAUGUCGUGGACUAGAGGCCCGUUGCCGUCUAUCAUGGCCAUGCUGACCAUGCCCCACUCCAUUAUCAGAACCAUCGGCAUCAGCAGCAU